CGAAUACCUCGACCAAGUUGCGGACUCGAGCUUUCAAAACAUCUUCACAGGUGGACGCCAUAUCUGUUACGACCUUCACCACGACACGACCUUCUCAGUUUCUUGAUAUUGGAAAUCACGACCUGCGAGGGCCGUUCUGCGUCCUCUCGGACGGCAAAAAACUCUUUGUCAGGUGUCAGACGCGUUAUUAGCACCAGCGUAGAGUAGCUGGCCGCACGGCUGUUCCUCCAAAUGGAGCACCACUCACCCCGCGAUCAUGCGACCUCGAAUGUCCUGGCAUGGACCGCCGCACAUUCCGCCAACGUAGAACCGUCGGUGGAAGAGGACGCAGGCGCCGACGCAGACGAACCGCCCGAUCGUCUGGCGCGGAUGUCGCAUCUAUCCACCAAUUUUCAACGCACGCCUGUCCGCCGGGCCAGUGAACAGCAUGAGUCACUGUUGACCAAGGGGCUGCAAAGCCAGUCGGACGACGACACCAACGGUCUCGGGUCUCUGCGCCAGCUUCGUCGGCAACGCUCUAUCACGAGCAAUACUAGCUGCGCGUCAACCGCCAAUUCCACUUGCACCAGCGGCAUUACGACCCCAGCCCGCACCAGCUCGCCGAGCCCGCGACUGCCGAAUGCCGGGUUUGUCUCUCUCGCUCCUGCCAACUCUAAGGGUGCGCAGCCGCAAAAGGACCCCGCUGUACAGGCUCUGGAGAAGAAGCGCUGCAUUUCCUUCGCUUGUGCAGCUAAGCCGAAGCCUGAUGAGAGGACGUCGAUGCCGCCCACAGCCGACCGGAACGAGAGAAAGCCCGAAGUUGCGCAGAAGAAAACUUGCAUCAGAUUUGCAUGCCCUCAACCACCGCGGACCGCAUACAUGCAGCGACGUGAGGCUCGACCGCCAACUCCAGUGCCAAGAGCAACCCAAGCGAGCCCUAGCACCCCUAAGGCUUCUUCAACCCUCGAGAAGCCGCGUUCCCCGUCAACUAUCGGCGCCUUUCGCUCUUCGACGUCCCGCAGGAACCCCGGCAGUCCCGUUGCCAUUCGGAACAAGCGGUGGCUCACUGCAGACUCCAAGGAUUUGGACAGCGAAUGCGUACGGUUCCACGAGUUUGCCAGCGGUGAGUCGGUGGAGGAGGAUUGGAUACGGCGUGAUGAUGCGACCAUGAAGCCGAAGCUCACGAUUAACGACACCCUCAAGAAGGAGAACGAUAUUCGAAAGCUGGGCAAGGAAGCUGAGGAAGAGGCGGAACUUGAAGAAGAAAUCGACGAGGAGGAGGAUGAAGAGGUUGACGAGGCAGAUCUCAUCGACGAUGAGGAUGAUGAGGACGAUUCUGGGGAUGCCGAAGAAGGGGAUGAUGUGGAUGACGAGGUCGACGACCUCGAGGAUGAGGAAGGGUUGGAAGACGGUGCCGACACAGAACAUGCUUGGGAUGAGGAAGCUUCCGAUGGUUACAAGACGGACAGCGAGUUUGGUUUUGCCGAGUCUGAUGAUGAGGAUGACGACCUGGUGCUAUGGACUACUCGCAUAGGCCACUAUCGGUCUCUUCUUUCCGGGGCCGUAUCAGGCAUUGCCACAAUGUCCACACUUUCACGGAGGCCGUCACUGGGCGGGAACUCGGAUUCGUCGUCGUCGUCUAAUCGCAAGUCGGCCCUAUCUCGCAAGAAGCGCUCGAAGACGCGUCCUGUUUCCCUCCAGCCUGCCACUCACGAGUUACCUGACAGCACGGAUUUUGUAUGCGGCACCUUCGAUGAGGAUAAGCCUUUGGAGGAAGCUUAUAUCUCGCGUGUCGAGAGGCGAAGGCGUGAGCGGCAGCAGCCCAUUCCUCAGGACAUCGACCCCAGCUUCCCAACUUCUGAUCCCGAGGAUGAGGCCGAAGAGCUGUACAAAAAGGGGAAUGGCGAGAGCGAUGACCAUCUUUGGCUCCACGGCGAGUUUGAAGAUCUACACCAUGAGCGUGACCGCAGGGGCCGCAAGAAGGGGCCUGUACCAUCUCCAAAGAGAUGUCGCUCCCCACCGCCCAAGCUCAAGUCGCGCGGUCACUCUCCUAAGAAGCUGUACGAUCAGCGGUCUCCCCGACUGCGGUCUCCGGCUCCCCCUCGCCUAGCACUCAAAUUACCCGUCAUCUCCCCGGUGCAUGAUUGCGCAGGCCUCGGUCUCAAGCCUCUGGCAUUCGGUCCUCACCCGAUGCAGGCCAAGUCCCUUCCCAAGGCACCUAGCAUGAUCCCUCAUCUCAAGGUACGCAGGCCGAGAGGUGGUACCAUAACGAACGAGGCGCAUGUUCGCGGUGCCAUCGACAUCGUCAAGGGACUCGAGCAAAAACGACAGCGGCGCAAGGAGAAAUUCUACCAAAAGUACUACAACCGAGCGCGGAAAGAGAAGGCGCAAACAAGACGGCCGCCUCCCGGACAGGGCGCUGAGCGCAUGAGGGAGCUCGGGCUGUUCAUGGCUGGCAAGGUGGGACACGGUAAUUACGUGCUUUCCAUCUAGACCGGGGAGGUUUAUCUGAUCAGCAAUCGAUAACUGCGGGCAUACCCAGGCAUGUACAGCUGGAGUCGGGUGGCAUUCAUGACAUUACGA